AUGGACAUUGUGACUUAUAAUGAUGUGCAUGUCGACAUCACUCAGGAAGAGUGGGCAUUGAUGGAUCCUUCACAGAAGAAUCUCUACAAAGAUGUGAUGGAGGAGACCUAUAUGAACCUCACAGCUAUAGGCUACAAUUGGGAUGAUCUUGAAGUUGAAGAACAUUGUCAAAGUUCUCAAAAACAUGGAAGGCAUGAAAGGCCUCAUACUACAGAGAAAUCCUAUGAAUAUAUUCAGUGUGGUAAAGCCUUUGCACAGCCCAGUCAUCGUCAAGGACAUAAAAGAACACAUACUGGAGAAAAACUCUAUGAAAGUAAUCAGUGUGGUAAAGCCUUUGCUCGACACAUUGCUCUUCAAUUGCAUGAAACAACACAUACUGGAGAGAAACACUAUGAAUGUAAAGAAUGUAGUAAAGCCUUUGAACAGCUCAGUCAUCUUCAAGAACAUAAAAGAGCACAUACUGGAGAGAAACCCUAUGAAUGUAAUCAGUGUGGUAAAGCCUUUGCUCAUAACAGUGCCCUUCAAUUGCAUGAAAAAACACAUACUAGAGAGAAACCCUAUGAAUGUAAUCAGUGCGGUAAAGCCUUUGCACGGCCCAGUCAUCUUAAAGUACAUAAAAGAACACAUACUGGAGAGAAACCCUAUCAAUGUAUUCAGUGUGGUAAAGCCUUUGCACAGCCCAGUCAUCUUCAAGUACAUAAAAGAACACAUACUGGAGAGAAACCCUAUCAAUGUAAUCGUUGUGGUAAAGCCUUUGCACAGCUCAGUCAUCUUCAUGGACAUAAAAGAACACAUACUGGAGAGAAACCCUAUGAAUGUAUUCAGUGCGGUAAAGCCUUUGUAUGGCCCAGUCAUCUUAAAGUACAUAAAAGAAAACAUACUGGAGAGAAUCUCUAUGAAUGUAUUCAGUGCGGUAAAGCCUUUGUAUGGCCCAGUCAUCUUAAAGUACAUAAAAGAACACAUACUGGAGAGAAACCCUAUCAAUGUAAUCGUUGUGGUAAAGCCUUUGCACAGCUCAGUCAUCUUCAUGGACAUAAAAGAACACAUACUGGAGAGAAACCCUAUGAAUGUAUUCAGUGUGGUAAAGCCUUUGUAUGGCCCAGUCAUCUUAAAGUACAUAAAAGAACACAUACUGGAGAGAAACCCUAUCAAUGUAAUCGUUGUGGUAAAGCCUUUGCACAGCUCAGUCAUCUUCAUGGACAUAAAAGAACACAUACUGGAGAGAAACCCUAUGAAUGUAUUCAGUGCGGUAAAGCCUUUGUAUGGCCCAGUCAUCUUAAAGUACAUAAAAGAAAACAUACUGGAGAGAAUCUCUAUGAAUGUAUUCAGUGCGGUAAAGCCUUUGUAUGGCCCAGUCAUCUUAAAGUACAUAAAAGAACACAUACUGGAGAGAAACCCUAUCAAUGUAUUCAGUGCGGUAAAGCCUUUGCACGGUGCAGUCAUCUUCAAGUACAUAAAAGAACACAUACUGGAGAGAAACCCUAUGAAUGUAAUCAAUGUGGUAAAGCCUUUGCACAGCACAGUCAUCUUCAUAGACAUAAAAGAACACAUACUGCAAUAAAACCCUAUGAAUGUAUUCAGUGUUGUAAAGCCUUUGCUUAUCACUCUCAUCUUCAAAGACAUGAAAGAACACAUACUGGAGAAAAACCCUAUGAA